CAGAUAAACAACUCGACAGGCUAAAAGUGAAACUGUUGCUAUACAAUUGUUACUCCAUAGCAGCCUAGCCUAUUAUCACUUCACAAACAUUGAAUAUACUUGAUUCAAAAAUAGAGUAAAUCAUAACCAUGGAGACACUGAACGAAAUUGAUCACCUCCAAUCAUCUGGCUUUGGUAGACCCCGACCAAGACACGGGCUUCAACUCCUUCACUGGUUCACCCACGACUACGUCAAAUUCAACAAAAACGGUGAAAUGGUGACAGUGUGCAAUCCUACGAAUGCGGCGUUCGGCUUCCACCGCUUCUUCGACAACAUAGAGGAGCAUGAUGGCCAAUGUAAUCAACUGCUACCAGACCAGGGUUUACCGUACUACGAAGUGGGCAAUCUGAAUGCCCCAGGGUCUGAGAACCUACCGCGUUAUGUCCGCAAAAACCGCACAGGACACAAUGAUGACAGCAACAUAGACCGGAUCAUCAUCAGCCUCCAGUCAGACCUGGUGUUGGACAGGAUCUACGUGACCCAACAUGAUCAUCACAGAGGUGCAUUUGACCCUGAGCGCACCUAUCGCAUCAGUAAGGGGUUGGUCAGUAUCAUUCGUAAUCUGGAGCUGGAUGAACUCCUGGAACAGACUGGAUACUCUUAAGACUUUUCCCCCUGGCCAAGGGCAUAUAGACAUAGGCAUCGUACACAUAUUUCUAUUUGAACCUAAUAUCUGAUCAAUAUCUUUAACUGAAUUAUUUUAUUUCUUAAGAAUGUAUAAUAGGCAUGGGUAUGACAUCAUGUCUUUGAUAUUUCCCAUCCAUUAUACGUUGUAGGAAAUUGUGAACGUUUUUAUUUUGAUAAAAGGCCUUGGUUUCAGAUGUUUCAAGUUUUUUGUUAUUUUCCCCCAACAAUUUCACCUGCAAUAGUUAUUGCCACACUAGUCAGAACUAGGAAACUGUAGUUAUACAUGUGCCGCAUUCAACCAAUUAGCAAGUCAGAAAUGUCUGAGUUCCGACUAGCACGUGAACACGGCAUAAGUGUGUGUGUUGGGGGGAUUCAUGUUUCUAAUAAAGGACAUGAUUAGCUAAGUAGUUGUUUUUUAUUUAAAAUGUUUAGUACAAAAUGUAUCAAUAACAUCAGUCUCACCACAUCAACACCAUACUUUGAACAACAGCCUGUACUGUACUGUUUGACCAUUAUAUCAUUAUUCAAAUAAAAUCAAACUAUAUUUUCAUAGAAUAAUGUUUUACAAAAGUAAAUUAAUCACAUAUCCAUUUCUCUGAAACCUGGGUCGUUCCACCAAUUAGAAGCUUUUUGAGUAGUGUAACAUAAUUUUAACAUUGUCAUAAAGAGCUAAGGGCCCGGGUGUAAGAGUCACACAACCAGCGCUGGACAUGGAGCCAACAUGGAGAACUUAACUUGCAAUUUAAAUAACUUUUCUAUCCCUGCAAUUUUGUGUUUACCAGACUCACGUAAGUUGCUAGCUGACCAAGAUCCGUUUUAUUUAAGUAACUUUAACUAAAGUCUAAGGGCCCGGGGCUGGGUUUCUACUAAGCUAACAUAUGGAAUUAUUUUAAGAUGGUCAUGCCAAGGAUAAUUUUGCUAUUUAAUUUGGACUUCUAGGGCCCUUUUAUGUAUGAAAAUGUACAGUAUAUACUGAACAAAAAUGUAAACGCAACAUGUAAA